UUUCAAUGACUGAUCAUUUUGGUAGCAAUCUGCAAAGUAUUUUAGAUCUACAAUUUGUGCUGAAAGGUGCAUAAAAACUUACUUUUAUCAGUGAACUUUUCGGAAAAGUUUUUUCUUUUCAUGAUGACGCAAAAGAUUUGAAAUUGUAAAUACGUCGUUGUUCAGUGUCUUUAGUGUUUCUUAUUUUUUUACUUUAAUUGUCGUAACUAAUUACGUUAAAGAAAAUUUAAAAAUUAGAACCAUUUGGUCGACUUUUGGAUACGUCUUUUAAGAAGUUGUUAGACCAGAUUGAUUAAAGAUGCAUUUAAAAAGACUAUUUAAAAUAGUUAAUAAUUAGUUACUAUAUUUUAACCAUUCUUCGCGUGCCAAAAUAACCUUAAAUUAUACAUGAUAAUUAAACAAACAUAAAAAAAUCUUUAAAAUUUGUUAUGAAGAUAACAAUUUCACUCAUAACCUCAAAACUCUAAAGAAAAAUUUACGACUUAUUUACAAAAUCUAAAACUAUAAAUUGUUUUACAAAUAUGGGGUUUGACAUUAAUAGAUUUCAAGGAGAAGUUGACGAAGAACUUAUUUGUCCAAUUUGCUCAGGAGUUUUAGAGGAUCCAGUUCAGGUGAGUGAUGUGUUACAGGCUGCAGCAUGUGAACAUGCUUUUUGUCGAAGUUGUAUUAACGAAUGGAUCAGUAGACAACCAACAUGUCCUUUGGAUAGAACACCAAUUACACCAGCACAGUUAAGACCAGUUCCAAGAAUACUGCGAAAUCUUCUAGCUCGACUUUGUAUUAAUUGUGACAACACAGUGUACGGAUGCCAAGCUGUUGUAAAGCUUGAUAACCUUUUAACACAUUUAGAAGAAUGUGAAUAUAAUCCUAAAAGACCAGUACCUUGUGAACAAGGUUGUAGUCUUAUUAUUCCUAAAGAUGAGUUAAAAAAUCACAAUUGUGUGAGAGAAUUAAGAAGUCUCAUUCAAUCACAACAUCAAAAAUUGAGUGAUAUGAAGAGAGAAUUGAGCGAACAACAAUUUCAAAUAAAUGAACAAAGAAGAGAGAUUAAUUUGUUAAAAGAUUUCAUGCGGGCUAUGAGAGUAUCUAAUCCAGCAAUGCGUGCAAUAGCUGAUCAAAUGGAACGUGAUGAAGUUGUUAGAUGGUCUGCGACUCUUCCUCGUGCACGAGUAACCAGAUGGGGUGGUAUGAUUUCUACUCCAGAUGAACUUCUUCAGACAAUGAUUAAAAGAACACUAUCAGAAUAUAACUGUCCUCCACAUGUAAUCGAUGAGUUAAUGGAAAAUUGUCACGAGAGAAAAUGGCCACCUGGAUUGAGUUCAUUAGAAACUAGACAGAAUUCUCGACGUCAGUAUGAAAACUAUGUGUGCAAACGUGUUCCUGGUAAACAAGCUGUCCUAGUUCUUUACUGUGACAACACACAUAUGCCUGUAGACAUGAUGGUUGAACCCGGUCUUGUAAUGAUUUUCGCUCAUGGCGUAGAAUAGUUAAUUCAUACUUAUCAAAAAGGCUCAUAAGAGAAAUAUAAAACGCUUCUUAAUAAAUAAUUAAAGUGACAAGUCAUUAUAUUACAGUAAAAUGAUUUAUUGUAUUAAUUAUCAAUUAAUUUAUCAGACAACUUAAUUAGUUAAGUUAAAGUGCGAAUUUUGGCCUUCAUGAAUAUUGUUUAUUUUUGCCUUGAUUAUAAAAUAUUCAUAUUUACACGAAUAGUUGAUUAAAUAUUAAGAUAUGUUUGUAAAAGUUUAUUAAAGACUGGCGCGCAAAUUAUAACAUAUUCUUAAUUUUUAAAUCUUCUUAUUCAUAAUACUGUUUAAUAUGAAAAAUUAUUUUUCCAUAUGAUAAAACUCGAUAAUAAAAUCGUAUAAAUUUAUUUUUCAAAAUAUGUAAUAAUAACGAUGAUUAAAAGAAAAUAUUUAAAAAAAAAAAAAACAGUAAUUGAAAAAUGUAAAAAUAUCAAAUAGCACUAGUGGCGGUAGAUAAAUAGUUGUGUGAUGUAUUGUUAACAAAAAAGACUGUGAUAUCAUUGUUCACUAUUAUAAAAAAUAAUGUGAAUACUCGAAGCAUGAAUUUUUUUUUUGUCUCGCUUCAAUUCAUGUUUCCUAUCAGCUAUUUUAUUAUUAUAUAGAAUGUAAGAAAACUGAUGUAUGCGCACCAUGUCUGAUUGUAAUUUAUAAGAGUAUAAUUUAAGUUCUAUUAUAUAUAUAUACAUAUAUAUAUAUAUAUAUAUA